AUGGUUUUGGAGACGACGAUCGAGAAGAUCCUCCUCGCCGCAUUCCUCUACGGUCCGUUCUUUAAUUUUUCUGAAAUGUCUGGAAUUUCUGGAAUUCAGUCGCCCUCAUGUCCGUCGCCAUCUUCGUCCACUGGUGGUUCAACCACGAAGAGCUCGUGAUCGGACGAAAAAACAGAAAGAAUCGACUGGGACCGGGCGAGAGACAGGUGUUGGUGAGUGGUCGCUCGGAGAAGUGGAAGAAGAAGAAGAAGAGGGACUAUUUCAGCGCGGUCUCGCUCUUCCCACGUGGUAUGAGGAGAAGCAGAAUAGGGCGAAGAAGGAGAAGGAGGCGGCGGCGUCACAGGCGAAUCCAUGA